CAAUUUUUACUAGGCAGAGCAUGUUGUUCUUUCAAUUUACUCCUAAGCAUAUUUUCCAACACUACUUUAAUUUCAGUUGACAAAAGCUGUGCCGAACAUUACAAAGCAGGUCAACGAAUAAGUGGUGUUUACCGCGUCGACCCCGAUAAUGCCGGUGCCUUUGAUGUGUAUUGUGAUCAAACAACAGCAGGUGGGGGUUGGGCAGUGUUUCAGAAAAGACUUGACGGCUCAGUUGACUUCGAUCGCGAUUGGAGAGACUACAAACAAGGCUUCGGGAAUCUAAGCGAGGAAUUUUGGCUUGGACUAGAUAAGGUUCACCGUCUGACGAAAGAACGAAGCAAGCUUCGUGUGGAACUAGAGGAUUUUAACGGACAAACAGCUUACGCUGAGUACGACUUGUUUGGUGUUGCUGACGAAGGAAAUAAAUACAGGCUAACUCUUGGAACGUAUGCAGGUUAGUGCUUUGAGGGGAAUAGACUGGAUGGGGGCACCUUCAUAAAACAAAUCUUGAUUAAGUCAGUACAUUGAUGGGAAGCAAAAGUUUACCUUACUUGCAAGGUCGAUUCAUUGAACGUUCAGAAGGUGCGAAGUCAUCGUAAGUACAGUUAAUCCUCUUCUCAUACGGAUCUCUUCAUGUCACGUUUCUUUCUUCAGCCCACAUUUGACACCUUGCAAUACGGGAAACCCAGGUUUGCGUCCCCCUUUGUUAUCUGGAGUUGUUUGUCGCUCAGGGGGGGAGGGGGAAGGUUACUCAACAAAUGUUUGUACGGCGAGGUUCCGCCUCGAAGUCCAAGCCCUUACCCUUUUAUAUACUAUUUAGCCUGUGAACAGGCUAAAUGUAAACCCGCGAAGAGAGGGAAGGGAAAGGGUAACCUUUUCCUCGGGAUUUUUUUCACUCUUCCCCCAAACAGAGAGCCCGUUUACAGGCUAUAAACCAUUUUUUUACGAAAAAGGUACCCCUUCCGCAUACCUUCUGCUGACGAAUGGUGCCUCUUUCACAUACCUUCUGUUAGCCCUUUGGACCAUUUUACAGACCCACAUGACAGAUUUUCCUACCCUUUCGUAUACUUCAACGAGUAAAAUCCCUACCCUUUGAUAUACCUGAAGCCUGGAAAAGAUACCCCUUUCGGGCGGAGCCUCCCCGUAUAGGCCAUUAUAGGGAGUAACCCUCGGGCUUUAUCGACAGUCUCGGCCAUGCUUUGUGAAUUGCCCUCUGCCAUUUGCUGUUUUUGAACCAUGUUACGCCGGUUUUGUUUAGAUGUUAGCUUCAAGAGCUACACUGUAAAUCCGAGGUAAGGUGAUGUGGUGCGUGAUGUGAUGUGAUUAUAUGUUUGCGAUCCAUUAUUUGUGAGCGUGGAGAUCAGCUAAGUGUGCAUCCACUAUAAACAGGGUUUACAUUUAACAUUUACAUAUUAGAUCAUUUUUAGUUUGUUUCUAUUUCUCACUUCAUUAAUUUGCUGUGUUUAAUUCUUUUUUCUAAUCACAGUAUUUUCUCCUUAAAACUUGGGAGUUACAUUAACGUGGAAAAGAGAGGGAAUAGGUAAUGGAGUAGAGGCUUUGUUUCCAUUUUCAACUUUCCCGUUAACCUUCGUGUUCUUUGCCCGUUCCCCGUUUUAAUUACGUCCUCGAAACCUGCACGCAUCAAUUUUUAACUUUUAGUUAUUUUUCCCGAAACAAGAUAAGAUGCCGUUGUUUAUUUAUCUUUUUAGGAACUGCCGGCGACUCGUUCUCGUAUCACAGUGUUAUGGAGUUCUCCACCAAAGAUCUGAGCGGUAGUCCAGGCGCUUGUGCCCGGCAAUGGAAGGGAGGCUGGUGGUUCAAAAGUUGUCACUAUGCUUUUCUAAACGGCUUCUAUUAUAAAGGCUCACACUCCAACUCUUGGGGAGGUGUGAUGUGGGAUAAGUGGAAGGGUCCCAAUUACUCCGCUAAACGUGCUGAGAUGAAAAUCAAACCCGUUAACAUUUAA